AUGGGCGGCAGCAGCUCACCGGUGAAGGCCAUAGGACUGGCAGACAGCCUCUUCCCCGCGAAAAUGCUGUUUCGAUACGGACUGUGGCUGCUCGGCAUCCUCUUCACAACUAGAGUCCUGUUGUCUCUAUACAGAUCUCUCACCUCUCCCCUCCGCUCUGUACCUGGACCAUUCCUUGCCCGCUUCGGAAGGUUCUAUUACUUCUGGAGAGUCAGCUGGGGCCGAUGGGAACAUGACAACAUAGCACUACACCGGAAGUAUGGCCCUAUCGUCCGCGUCGCCCCGGAUAUGUACAGUAUCGAGUCCCCGGAGAUCGUGAAGAAGGUCUACGGCAUUGGCUCCAAGUUCCCCAAGUCAGACUGGUAUGAUGCGUGGAGGCACCCGGAUCCGAACCGCUGGACUCUGUUUCCAGACAGGGAUAUGAAGCGACACGCCGAGACCAGGAAAAGAUUUCAGGCGAUGUAUUCCAUGUCAAGUUUGGUGAACUAUGAAAGAUAUGUGGAUGAGUGUGCUGAGAUUUUCGACAAAAGGCUGAGCGAGUUCGCAGCACGUGGUGAUAUCAUCAACAUGGGCCAUUGGCUGCAAUGCUAUGCUUUUGAUGUCAUCGGCGAUAUCACCUACUCCCAGCGGUUCGGUUUCUUGGACAGGGGUGAGGAUGUUGCUGGAUUGCUGCAGGCACUGCACGGAGUGUUGAAGUACGGAGCCUUGGUGGGCAUAUAUGCUUGUUGGCAUCCUCUAGUAUUCGACCUCUCGAGUCGUUUUGGUCUGGGGGGCGCAGCAGGUCGAACCUACUUAAUGAAAUUCGUCGAAGAGCGCAUCCGACAGAGGAAAGAGGCGACCAAGACCGGCAGAGAUACGGGAAGAACUGGCCACCGAGACGACAAUGCGCCCGUAGAUUUCCUGGAAAAGCUCAUGAACGCCAAUCGGGAGGAUCCUGAUAGAGUAACACCCUAUCAUGUCUUCAUGAUGGGCUUGUCGAACAUCAUUGCAGGAUCUGAUACCACCGCCAUCAGCCUUUCGUCCAUCCUGUACAACCUGCUAAAGCAUCCAGAGAAGAUGCGAAAGCUCCGAGAGGAGAUAAAGGAGUUCGAGGGUCAAAACCGAUGCGGCAAUCCAAAUGUGUCCUUCAGAGAGAGUCAAGAAAUGCCGUAUCUGCAGGCCGUCAUGAAGGAGGCUCUCCGUGUGCACCCAGCAACCGGCUUACCUUUAUGGAGGGUUGUACCCGACGGCGGUGUUGAGAUUUGCGAUCGAUUCUUUCCACCAGGCACCAUCGUUGGAGUCAACACCUGGUGUGCUCAUUACAACGAAGACGUCUUCGGCCCUGAUGCCAAAGUUUUCCGACCGGAGAGGUGGGCUGAAGCCGAGAAGGAGGGUGGCGAGAGGCUCAAGAACAUGGAGGCUUAUUACAUGCCGUUCGGUUUAGGAUCAAGGACUUGCAUCGGCCGCCAUAUCUCUUUCUUGGAGAUGUCCAAGUUGAUUCCGCAAAUGAUCAGAAAAUUCGACUUCCAGCUCAAACAUCCUGAAAGGCCAUGGAACACCGACAACAACUGGUUUGUUAAACCAACCGACGUUCAAGUUACAGUCAGGCUCCUGAAUGAGUAG